UAAACUUGUCCAUGGCAAUGAUGUCAUGGGGAGGGCUGCUCAUCAAAGGUGGCUGUGGCCGUGCUGCGUUCUGCCCGCUCUUUUACUGCACUGCACCGUGAGACAAGCACUGUGGGUCUCCCUCAGAUCUCUGGGCUGUGACGGCCAACGGGACGGCAGCGGGGCCAAUCCGAAGGGGACGGUUCGCGACAAGGAGAAGGAGCUGCCGCCCAUAGCGAAAGCGGCGCAGGAGCGGUCUGCCGGGAACCAGUCCUCGAAAACACACAAACAGCAGAGCAAGGCUGACGUCUCGGCUCUGACAUCCAGCGGUGUGAGAGACCAGCCCCAGGUCGUCAAUCAGAAGUCACUGUCCCACAGAAACGCCCUGGAGAGCGCUGCCUGCACUGAGAACACUCAUAAGAACGGCGUCGCCUCGGUGGAGCUCAAUCCAGUGCACCUGCUCGCAGGAGAGAAGUCGGUCACGGACUACCUGGUGAGCCGCACCCCUGGAAUACGCGAAGGCCUCUGCAGCAUCACGGUGGACAAGGCGCUCAUGUCGGAAGAGCUCAGGAUGAAGCUGAACCCCUUGGUCAUCACAGUCUUGUCAGCCACGUCUCUCCCGGCUUCACCUGUCCCCUUUCACGUACUCAAGGAAAAGUGUCUACCGGUGUACUGUCAGUAUAAGCUCCCCGACAUGACCAUGCACAGGACGAAGGGAGAGGAGCAUGGCUCAGACCUGUACUUCAGGGAUGUAAAUGUGAUUCUGACUGGUCUCCUGGACCCCGAUGAACUGCAGCAGUACCUCGGAGGGCCUCCGUUGGAGAUCGAGAUCCAUGACCGUGACAGGAAGCUGGAGGAACCAGCCACAAGCCCAACUGUGUUUGGCACUGAGGCUGAAGACAACAGGCUGGGAAGCGUCAGCCUACUGAGCUGUAGGAGGACAAGGUUCAACCCCUUCGUCAACAGUACGUCACGGCAAGACCCCUACGGGAUUGCCACCGUGGACUUGUCGGAGCUGCUUCGGGGGCAGAGGCGCUUUAAAGCUACAGCAGCCAUCAAGUGCUCACCUCCUCCAGACCUGUCUGUGUGUAGAUGGGCUGAACAUGAAGAAAGGAUGCUUGGAUUCCCAGGCGUGGCUUACGGACCCCUUGAAGACCCCAUGCCCAUGGGCCAUUACUUUGAAGCCAAUUCCGAGCUGAAAGUGCAGGUUGAAAUCGCUCACCCUCUCAAGCAUAACAUAUGGCACUUGGGUUACCCUUUUGGCCGUAUCAUUUACUUCUUCCGGUGCAAGAGCAGCAUGGCUUUAACCAGGCUGCGCUCAGAGAUCCUGAAAAUCAAUGCUGCCGCCUUCCAUCUCAACUCUGCCACAGAGGAAAUGAUCGAAAAGACCCUGAGCUGCUAUGAAAUGAGUGCCAGCGAGAAGAACAGCAAGGAGAUGGAUGUUGUGACAGGAUUCUACUUGUAUGACAAUAAAACCCACCUCUUCGUUCUGGAGGGACUGAAGGACAAAGCCAUUAGGAGGCUCUGGGAGAAGGUUCCCAUUAAGUUGUCCGGUAGCGAGGAGGACCAGACCAAGAUUCUCUACAACUCAGAUCAGAGCUUCUCCACCAGGCUGUACCACACACUGGACUUGAGCCUAUCUCCCAUACACCUCCAUGAGGCACUGGAUAACAUCAUGAAGCAGCCGCUGCUCUACGUGAGGGAGAUGGUGCCUCGGGCCUGCUUCCAGGCUCUGUCCCGGCUCAGCUAUCUGUUCCAGGUGAAGACCAUGAAGGAUGCUGUCCAUGGCGAACUGUUCCCCUCAGCUGAGAUGAUUCUUAGCAUGAGCAAGGAGUUUGGAAUCAUUCCGCUGAAGAAACAGCAGGAGGAGGUGGUUGUGGUUAGGUGUGAGAUGCAGGAGUCUCCUCUGAAAACUACAGAAAAGUUAGGUGAGCCAGCAGACACCUCCCUCAAUGACAACAUGGAGUUGAUGGAAGAUAAUGAAGAGGAGCAGCACCACGUGGAGACUAAAGACAUCAUUGAGGGAAACAUUGAGGAGGUACAUCUAGCAAACUUGAAGAUGGAGAAGCCCAAGCUAACUGACACAGACAGCUCAAAGACAGAGAAGCCCAAACCAGCUGACACAGACAGCCUGAAGAUGGAGAAGUCCAAACCAGCUGACAUAGACAGCCUGAAGAUGGAGAAGCCCAAACCAGCUGACACAGACAGCCUGAAGAUGGAGAAGUCCAAACCAGCUGACAUAGACAGCCUGAAGAUGGAGAAGCCCAAGCCAGCUGAGGCAGAAGCUCAGCUACCUGUAGAUAAUGUGGUGCCCAAUUACAACAUGACUCAGUCAGAAAACUGCACCCAACAGGCUUGGGAACUGCUGCGUAAGAAAAUGGCAAAGGGAUACCACUCCACCACAGUGGCUUCUGUGGAUGCUGAUGUGGAGCAGAGGUCCUUGGAGGUCAGGUCCAAAGCCACUCGGCACACCCGUGAAAGCUUUGUGUUACCUGGAUUCAGGAGCAGUAUGGAUUCCAACAAACAUCCCCUGAAGCCCGAUGAGGCCCGCAUAGAAGAGCUGAGACAGCCUUGGAAGGAGAACAUACUUCACAGCAAUAUUUUGAGGCCCACGCUCACGAGAGACACGUGGCCCUGGUCCAAGCGUUUCGAAGACUUCAAUCUGUACAAAAAACCAUCCGGGUUCUUUGACUCCGAGGUUCCUGUCACCAUCCACCUGGCUGGGGAGUUGCUACAGCAAGAGCAGCGGGAGGCGGCUAAGGUGCAGUACAGCCGCUGGCUCAGGAAGGUGCUCCCUAGUGAGGCUUCUUUGGGGCAAGGGCCUGUCCCAGAGUUCAAGUGCCACAUGGUACAUGGGGAGUCUGGAAAACUAGGGGACUUGCUGAAGGACAAGCCCAUGAAGUACUCACUGAGGACGCCGGGGCUGGAACUCAAGGGCCUGGCACAACAGGUGGAGAUUCUCAUCACUAUACUGAGGACCAGUUACUACUUUGACUUUUAA